UGGUUGACUGCGUACGGGUCACCUGACCAGCACCGCAGCAGAUUUGAAUGUGUGGUGGUGUAUGUAUUUUCCGUGUCGUCGUUUUGAAUGCGGAGCAGAAAAUAACCUUUGAGAGUUUUAAGAGGCGCUUCAGGUGUGAUCUGGAUCAAUCUGUAUCGCACAGAGAGGAGACAACAUCGGGAUGGACUGUCGAGCUAACAGCGAUAUGUUCUUUCUGGCUGAUGAGAAAUUUGACUUCGAUGUUUCUCUGUCACCUGCCAGCUCCAAAGGUGAUGAAGAUGAGGAUGAGGUGUUCAUGGGUCCGGUCAGCCAUACGGAGAGGUGCGUCUCUGUAACCGUGGCGUCGCGUCUUGAGAAUGUCGGCGGCGUGCGUGCAAGCUGGAGUCCUCUGAGCGAAGAUCAGCUGGACGCCGUGUGUCAGGAAGCACACAGACUGGCCGACCAGCUGCAGGACAGAAAACCCAAUCAGAGCGCCAACGGGACCGCCAACAUGGCCACCGACGUGACCGCCGACACCACAUCUCACAGGGACGAGUUUGUCCAGGACGCUGAGGUCAAACUGGGCAUGUUGGAUCACAUCCCGAGUGCUCUGAGCCCCAUCAAACGGGAGACCUUCUGCGUGCAGGACAGUCCCAUGAAGCAGCUGCCGCCCGCCGUGCAGUGCCGCCUGCUCAGAGGAAGCAGCUCCAACGCUCUGUCAUCCACCCAACCUUCAACCACCAACCCUGUGCCAUCCACCAGACCUGCUUCCACCACCCGGCACUCCUCCGUUACCCUCCCUUCAUCCUCUCGCCCCGUAGCCACCUCCAGACUCGCCACCUCCAUGGCGGGGGGGAAGCCUCAGCUCAGGAUGGGGCUUCGGGGGAGGGCAGCACUCUGUGUCGUGCUGCCGAGCAAACCUGCCGCCCCGACAACUUCCUGUUCAUCCAGCAAGAGCCAGGUGGAGAAAACCAGACUGCAACCGUCGAGACAAGCGGUGGGGGGUUGGAAGCGCAGCCCAUCGUCUCGCCCCUCCAGCAGGGCGGGGUCCAGCGAGGAUCUGCUCUCUGAUUCGGCGAGCGUGGCGUCCGACAUCAGCGACUCCUCCUUAAACUCCAGCCUUCAGGGGAAACGCAUGCUGGCUCCGCCCACUAAGAGUGCGAUGAGGAACAUGUCGGGUGUGAAAGCUCCACCUCUUCAGAGGAGGAGGGUGACGGAGAGGAACAACACAUCCUCUUCCUCGUCCUCAGUGUCCAGCUUCAACUCCAGCAUCUCUCUGUCCCCAGCCAAAGGUAAACUGAACUCCUCUCUGAGCGGCCCCGCCCCCAGCAGACCGGCCAAUCAGAGCCGCCCUCGUCGCUCCACCGUCAACACGCAGCAAAUAUCUUCCUCCACCAUCGCUGGCCGCCGCUCGAUGUCUCUGCAGAACAGGAAGCUGCCCGAAGUGGAGCCCGUCAAAGCGGGCAGAUCCAAGCCGCUGAAGAGGUCCGAUUCCACGCCGGUGCAGCUGACCCCCGUUAAGAGAGGGUUGGAGAAGAGCACCCAGCCCCUGAGCGCUCUGAGAAGCAGAUCCAGACCUGAGGCACUCGUCCUUCUGACACCAGGCGGAGGAUUCAGAGGAGUCCGCAAUGCAGACACUCCAGACGUCUCAAAGAUGUUGAAGCCAAAGGCGCUGACGUCAGUGAGCAGCCUGGACAGUCUCCAGAAGCCAUCAGGCCCUCUGACGCCCCCUGCUGUCAGGUCGCUGCAGGUGAAACCUCAACGUCCCUCCGCCCUCCCGACCCCCGUGAAGCGCAGGAUGUCCUCCAUCCCCACGCCCACCACCAAGAGCCGGGCCAGCAGACCGCCGUCCAACCCCGGCUCUGACCCCGCCUACACACCCUCCUCCACCAGGAGGGACAGGAGUUGCUGCCCCGCCCCCUUGGAGAUGCAGGAGGCGGAGUCUGUUGAAAUGCCCGUCAUCCAACCCUUCUGCCUGGAGGAGGAGGAGUUUCCUGCUGCCCCGCCCACCAGCUCACCACAGCCCGACCAAUCAGAGAGCACAGAGGCUGGAGCACCGAGUCAGGGCCAAUCAGAGAGCACAGAGACUGCAGCACCCAGUGAGAGCCAAUCAGAGUGUACAGUUCCUGCAGCACAGAGUCACAGCCAAUCAGAGAGCACAGUUCCUGCAGCACGGAUUGAGAGCCAAUCAGAGAGCACAGAUCCUGCAGCACUGAGUGAGAGCCAAUCGGAGAGCACAGUUCCUGCGGCACGGAUUGAGAGCCAAUCAGAUUGUACAGUUCCUGCAGCACAGAGUCACAGCCAAUCCGAGAGCACAGUUCCUGCAGCACGGAUUGAGAGCCAAUCAGAGAGCACAGAUCCUGCAGCACUGAGUGAGAGCCAAUCGGAGACCACAGUUCCUGCAGCACAGAUUGAGAGCCAAUCAGAGCCAUGCAGGAACCUGAUCGAACCUGAAACUAAAGAGGAGAGCCACCACAAGACACAUGAGUUUCUCCUCCUGGAUCUCCCCGCUCCGACGCUGCUCCCUCAGGAGAAAAUGCUCAUCGACCUGAGCAACACCCCCGAGCUGAUCCGCACCAGCAGCAAGUCCUGCUCCAACUCUCAGCUGAUCGACCUGACCUCUCCGCUCAUCAAGUGGAGUCCUGAAGACAAGAGGGAGAACCACGCUCCGCUCAUCAACCUCUCCUUCUGAUCUUCCUCCUCUUCCUCUUCCUCCUCCUCCUCAGGAUCUUCCAUAAACUGGACUCUUAAUUAUUAUAAUUUAGUAAAAUGACCCCUAAAGUUUUUAUCAGCAAAGCCUUAACUGAGUAUUAUGUUUUAAAUGGAGAAAAUAUUCAAAGGUUGCAAAAGGUGUUUCUGCACCGGAUUGUACUUUUAUUGUCUCAGUCUUGCUCUUAUUGAUGUCUGAAUAAAUGUUUAUGUCACG